UAAGGGAAGCUACCCUGCCGGAGUUUCUGUAAACAAAAACCAUCACCAAAAAAGAAAAUGAUGCUCGGAGAGCACCAUCGCGCGAAUCCAACGGUUCACGUGCCACCGUGGCCAACCCACGACGAUCCAACGGCCGAGAUGUACUCCGCGUUUUUAACAAACGACGUCAAUGCUGGUGAGUACUCUCCGUACUAUCUUCAAGAAGCACUAACGGCUCUGCAGCGUUUUCUGCCGUCUAACGAAACGGACGCUGACUCGGACACGGAGGCUCAACCCGACGCGGCGGUGGACGCGUACUCGUGCGACCAUUUCCGCAUGUACGAGUUCAAGGUCCGUCGAUGCGCACGUGGCAGGUCACACGACUGGACGGAGUGUCCGUACGCGCAUCCCGGCGAGAAGGCUCGACGCCGGGACCCGAGAAAGUUCCACUACUCCGGCGCGGCGUGCCCGGAGUUUCGCAAGGGAAACUGCAAGAAAGGCGACACGUGCGAGUUCGCGCACGGCGUUUUCGAGUGCUGGCUCCACCCGGCGCGCUAUCGGACUCAGCCUUGCAAGGACGGCACGAGUUGCCGGCGGCGGGUGUGCUUCUUCGCGCACACGCCGGAGCAGCUGCGCGUCUUGCCGAUGCAGAGUCCGCGUAGCGCGGCGAACUCGUCUGAGUCCUACGACGGUUCGCCGAUGAGACAGAUGAUGUCUCCGGCGGCGUUCAUGUCCUCUCCGGCGGCUUCUCUCUCUCCUCCGGAGUCUCCGCCGGUGUCGCCGUCGAUCAACGAGAUGGUGGCUUCUCUGCGGAAUCUGCAGCUCGGGAAAAUGAAAUCGAUGCCUCAAAGUAGAAACGUUUCGGUCGGAUCACCGGGUUACGGUUCGCCGAGAGGAUCGGUGCUCCGACCCGGGUUUUGCAGUCUUCCAACAACGCCCACUCAGCAACCGGUUCGGUCAGGGGUGAACUGUUUCGAUUUUUGGGAUCAGAGUUGUGAGGAGGAACCAGUUAUGGAGAGGGUGGAGUCAGGGAGGGGUAUAAGGGCUAAGAUGUUUGAGAAGCUGAGCAAGGAGAAUUCUUUGGAAGGGUCGGGUACGGGUUCGGGUCAAGGAAGUGGUGCUCCGGAUGUUGGGUGGGUCUCGGAGCUGGUUAACUGAUAUUAUUAUUAAUAUUUAACAAUGCAGAUUUAUUUUGGGAGAUGCGAGUCUGUGUAAAUAUUUUUUAUUCUAUCUCGUGGUAUGUUAUGGUAUGGUAUUUGGGUAAAGACUGAAGAGAAGAAGUGAAGGAUCUCUUUUUUGGGGAGUUUGUCUUAGAAAUUCAUCAACAUCGCUCUAUUGAUUUGGGAAAUUGAAAGUAUCCGAAGCCUUUUGUACAGUUAGCUUACUAUUGUUGUUAUUACGAAUUACUAUUAUUAUUAUCAUGUGCUAUGUUACUUAAUUAACUCUAUCGUGUCUGUUAUUUUCACUUACUUGCUAAUCUCAUCUCAUUGAUGUACAAAUGUAUAAAUAUGUAGGAUCCAAGAGGAAUCUUGUUAUUCAAAUUAUUUAUGUUAAUGUAUAUUUUUAUCCUAA